CCCGGCUCGGCUCCGGUCGCCCGCGCAGCCCGCCGCCGCCGCCGCCGCGGGCUGACCCAGCGCUCCGGCCCGACCCGGCUCGGCUCGGCUCUGCUCGGGUGCGCGCCGCGGCCAUGCAGCGCCGGGGCGCCCUGUUCGGCAUGCCGGGCGGCAGCGGCAGCAGGAAGAUGGCUGCAGGAGACAUCGGCGAGCUGCUGGUGCCUCACAUGCCCACGAUCCGCGUGCCCAGGUCGGGGGACAGGGUGUACAAGAACGAGUGCGCCUUCUCGUACGACUCCCCCAAUUCUGAAGGUGGACUCUAUGUAUGCAUGAAUACAUUUUUGGCCUUUGGAAGGGAACAUGUUGAAAGACAUUUUCGAAAAACUGGACAGAGUGUAUACAUGCACCUGAAAAGACACGUGCGAGAGAAGGUAAGAGGGGCAUCUGGUGGAGCUUUACCAAAACGGAGGAAUUCCAAGAUUUUUUUAGAUCUAGAUACUGAUGACGAUUUAAAUAGCGACGAUUAUGAAUAUGAAGAUGAAGCCAAACUUGUUAUAUUCCCAGACCACUAUGAAAUAGCACUGCCAAAUAUUGAGGAGUUACCAGCCCUGGUAACAAUUGCUUGUGAUGCGGUUCUCAGCUCAAAAUCUCCAUAUAGAAAGCAGGACCCAGACACAUGGGAAAAUGAAUUGCCGGUAUCCAAAUAUGCCAAUAACCUUACCCAGUUGGACAAUGGAGUCAGGAUUCCUCCGAGUGGUUGGAAGUGUGCCAGGUGUGACCUGCGGGAGAACCUCUGGUUGAAUCUGACCGAUGGCUCCGUGCUGUGUGGGAAGUGGUUCUUCGACAGCUCUGGAGGCAACGGCCACGCGCUGGAGCAUUACAGAGACAUGGGCUACCCUCUAGCCGUGAAACUGGGAACCAUCACUCCUGACGGGGCGGAUGUUUAUUCCUUUCAAGAAGAGGAACCUGUUUUGGAUCCUCAUUUGGCCAAGCACUUAGCGCAUUUUGGAAUUGAUAUGCUUCAUAUGCAUGGGACAGAGAACGGGCUUCGGGACAAUGACAUCAAGCCUCGGGUCAGCGAGUGGGAAGUGAUCCAGGAGACGGGGACGAAGCUGAAGCCCAUGUAUGGCCCCGGGUACACGGGUCUCAAGAAUCUGGGCAACAGCUGCUACCUGAGUUCCGUCAUGCAGGCCAUCUUCAGCAUCCCAGAGUUCCAGAGAGCGUAUGUAGGAAAUCUUCCAAGAAUAUUUGACUACUCUCCUUUAGAUCCAACACAGGACUUCAACACACAAAUGACUAAGCUAGGACAUGGCCUUCUCUCAGGCCAGUAUUCAAAACCUCCAGUGAAAUCUGAACUCAUUGAACAGGUGAUGAAGGAGGAACACAAGCCUCAACAGAAUGGGAUCUCUCCACGCAUGUUUAAGGCCUUUGUCAGCAAGAGCCACCCAGAAUUCUCCUCUAAUAGACAGCAGGAUGCCCAGGAGUUUUUCUUGCACCUGGUGAAUCUAGUAGAGAGGAACCGCAUUGGCUCAGAAAACCCAAGUGAUGUUUUUCGGUUUUUGGUGGAAGAACGUAUUCAGUGCUGUCAGACGCGCAAAGUCCGCUACACGGAGAGGGUGGAUUACCUGAUGCAGUUGCCUGUGGCCAUGGAGGCAGCAACCAACAAGGAUGAACUGAUUGCCUAUGAGUUAACGAGGAGGGAGGCAGAAGCAAACAGAAGACCCCUUCCCGAGUUGGUUCGCGCCAAGAUACCAUUUAGUGCCUGCCUUCAGGCUUUUUCUGAACCGGAAAACGUAGAUGAUUUCUGGAGCAGCGCCCUACAAGCAAAGUCUGCGGGUGUGAAAACAUCUCGCUUUGCCUCAUUCCCUGAAUACUUGGUAGUGCAGAUAAAGAAGUUCACUUUUGGUCUUGACUGGGUUCCCAAAAAAUUUGAUGUUUCUAUUGAUAUGCCAGACCUACUUGAUAUCAACCAUCUCCGAGCCAGGGGGUUACAGCCAGGAGAGGAGGAGCUUCCGGACAUCAGCCCCCCUAUAGUCAUUCCUGAUGACUCAAAAGAUCGCCUGAUGAACCAACUCAUAGACCCCUCAGACAUUGAUGAGUCAUCGGUGAUGCAGCUGGCUGAGAUGGGUUUCCCUCUAGAAGCAUGUCGGAAGGCUGUGUACUUUACUGGAAAUAUGGGAGCUGAAGUGGCCUUCAACUGGAUCAUUGUUCACAUGGAAGAGCCAGAUUUUGCUGAACCACUGACCAUGCCUGGUUAUGGAGGAGCAGCUUCUGCUGGAGCCUCUGUUUUUGGUGCUACUGGAUUGGAUAACCAACCUCCGGAGGAAAUUGUAGCUAUCAUUACCUCCAUGGGAUUCCAUCGAAAUCAGGCUGUUCAGGCACUACGGGCCACGAAUAAUAACCUGGAAAGAGCACUGGAUUGGAUCUUUAGUCACCCUGAGUUUGAGGAGGACAGUGACUUUGUGAUCGAGAUGGAGAAUAACGCCAAUGCCAACAUUAUUUCUGAGGCCAAGCCUGAAGGACCUAGAGUCAAGGAUGGAUCUGGAAUGUAUGAAUUAUUUGCGUUCAUCAGUCACAUGGGAACAUCUACAAUGAGUGGCCAUUAUGUUUGCCACAUUAAAAAGGAAGGAAGGUGGGUGAUCUACAAUGACCACAGAGUGUGUGCCUCAGAAAGGCCCCCCAAGGACCUGGGCUACAUGUACUUUUACCACAGGGUGCCACGCUGAGCCUCAGGCGCGCCAGUUGGCGAGAGGAAGCCACACGCCUUUUUAAUUUGCCAAAAAAAAAAAAAAAGAGCAGAAGUUGGGACAGCCAGACAUGAACGAAUACAUGGGGUAUUUAUAGUUUAUUUAAAGAACAUCAUUUGACGCCUUCUGAAAUAGAACUGGGAAGAAAUUUCUAUUAGUGAUGAUACACUACUGUAGAUAGUUUUUCUUUUUAUAAAUGUUCAAGGAGAGGAUGAUUUAAAAAAAAAAGUAUUUAUAUUGCUGGUGGGGGAUCUGCCACUGUCACACCAAAAAAUGGGAAUGUGCCACCAGCCCUCUAUUAUGCUUUGGGGGCCAGUGGUGUGGCCUCACCACCCCCCCCAAUAAACAAAAAGCCCAUUUUUGUUUCAUAUCGAAAAUCAGUAAUGGGAUGGGCUUUAUUUGUGACACAAUUUUUUCAUUACACACAAUUUCUGAUGUAGCCAUGUAUAGAAGAUUAGAGCAUCUGCGAUGAAAGGUAUUUUUAAUUUAAUCGUAUCGAAAUUCAUGAUGUGAUUGUGUGAAUGCGUGAGGGUGAGAUCGUUAUCGUCAACCAGGAAAUCUGUGCCGGGCUGGUUUUUGAAGGUUAAAGCAGUUGGUAUUAAGCAUAGCUGGGAAAAGCGAGUAACUAUUUUAAAGAAACUAUAACUCAGGAACAGUUUUAAAAAUUGGCUCCCCACUUAGAUUUUCACGCAUAAAAAGGGCUGAGUUGUCCCUUUAAGUGCUGUCAAGAAUUCACCGGGGUUUGGGACAUUUGGUGGAAUAAGGUCGAUGCCCACAGCAGCACAAUAUUGUUCUUUGCCAAACAAAGGUAGAUGAAUUCUGUUUCUCAGCAGCCCUUCCCGCUAAGGCAUAGCAUGUAUUUUUAGUUAAAAUAGCUAAUCUUACCAUAACAUGUAACAACUCCCUGGAAUCACACAAAGUGCCCCAAUUUGUCUGUAAUUUUCUUGUGCCCACGCUCUUUGCCUGCCUCUGUUUCUACAUUUUCCUGGGGCUAGAGUCUCCUCUCGGCCCUCUCUUGGCUAAUCACCUCCUGACUUGCCUUCGCUGCUUAUUUGCUGCGACCAGCAGUGCGAUCUCGGGCACCUUAAGGGCCUCGGGUGCAAAGUAAAUUUUUCUGACGUUAUGAAAGACCAUCAUUUCCAUUUUGGUAUCUUAGUAUUUUUGUUGCAACCUAGGAUUAGAUCAGAGUUUCAAAUGUGAUGAAAAAGUGCCACGAGCCUGGUUUAUCAUCUUCCUACAGCUCUGUACCGAAUUCCAAGGUCUCUGGAGUUUCUAUUUCAGAUUGUCCAGUCAAAUGAAGAAGGAUCUAUUGCAAUCUGCUUACCAGGCAUUUGGUUGGUAGAAAGAAUCUUUCUAGAAACUGUAGGAAAAUUAAGUAGAACCAGCUGGGUAAAAUGCCACAUGGACGGUGGAUUAUGACAUGGUGAGUUGUGAAGAGUCAGGAUUCCGGUUAUGAUCAGGGCUCCUCUCCCGGGAGUUCAGCUCCCCGUGUGUGUGAGGGACGCCGUGCCCCAGGCCCAGAGCCCGGAGACUUGGGUGCUGCCCCUAGCUGGGCAAGUCCCUCAUCCUCCCUGUGCCUCACUUUCCUUAUCUGCACAAUGAUACCUGCUCUCUCUUGCCAACUGUGCUUUGAGGAUAUGGUGAGAUUUGAUACAAUGACUCGUGAAAGAGUAGCAGGUGGGGUGCCAUGUGGGUCCUAGGAAAGUGUGCUCCCUCCUUCUCUCCUCUGAUGCUUUCUUCAAUUUGGGAACAAAUGCAGUUGGCAUAAGGAGGGAGCUCAUGAUGCAGUAGUUCUGUCUCUACUCGGUUGUACCCACCGGUGUCCUCUUAUAAUGUUGCUUCAGAUAUCCUAAAGCAGCUCCACUCUGUCACAUGAGUCUCAGACUCCUGUAGAAAUCCCCACGCUAAGCAGCCUUAAAAAAUCGAGCCUCCUGAGGGCUGAGUGUCAUGGAAUAAUGACGUCAAACACACAUCCAAAAUGACUUCUUUUCAACGCUAUUACAAAGCGAAGGCCUUCUUCAGGGGUGGGGGGGUGGAUAUUGGGGAUUUGGAGUGAAAUGUGGACAAAGAUAGCAUGUGUAUUUUGAACAAAAUAAAAAUUUUGUAAUAAAACUUUGCAAAAUGGUGUAAAAUCAGUAUGAGACUAUAGGCUAUACAUUAUUUAAUUUUGUUAAGUAGAAAAAUAAACUUAGCCCUUCCGAUGCCUAACAUAUUGUAAGAAAGUAUACUGUGGCUGCCUUUUUUUCCUGCCUCACAAAACAAAGGGCUAUUUCUACAAGGCAAAGUUUUGUAUAUGUGCUAUUCUUCAUUUCAGAUUGAGAGUUGGGGAAAAACUGGAGCAAAUAAUGGGUUUCUUUCUUGCUUAAAAGUGUAUUUAUAUGUAUACCUUAAUAUAUACAAGGCAGGUUUCCCUGGAAUAAAAGUCUGGAACAUACGGCUUCAUUUUACACACAUAUGUUGAUGAGAUUACUUGUGACUGGAAACUGGAAUAACGUGUGGAUUUUGUCAACUGAUUAUCAGCCUGUGAGGAGUCCUCUGUGUGAGGUGUGGUGGUAUAAUUGUGAAAUUCUCACUGUGCGUGGCUCUACGUGUGAAAGAGUGCAUUUUUUUUUUCUGUAAAUAUCUUUUGAUACCCAUUUGUGUAGAAUCCCAAUGAAUGUGUCUUUGGAAAAUGUAUCAAAGUUUUUAUUUUGUCAGUUGAUCUAAGUGCCCAUAUAACUAAUCAGAAAUCCAGUUUGGUUCAGAUUGGGAUUUUUUUUUUUUUUUUAAGGGGAAAAAGCAUGCAGAAAGGACUAUCGGAAGAAUCGUGUUUUAAUGCCACUUUACAUCAACAUUGCUUCGUGUUUUGAAUUGACUUGGCUGUUUUCUUUCAACUAUAAGAGAAUGUGCCUGCCAUUGUUCCACGCUCACUUUGGGCUAUAAGAAGCCUACCACAAGCUUGAGCCUGUGACCCCCAACAUCGUUUAUCCCCACGACCUGAACUGGCCAGAGCCUCACUUGUCCCACGGAGAGCACCUGGGUUGGGGCCCGACUUCACCCCAGUGCCCCGGGCCCCUUACCUCUCUGGGCCUUUUCUUUACAAUUAGUGCGUUAGGCUGGAUAAGCUCAGAAGUCCCUUCCUGCCCUAACAUUCGAUUCUAUUUUUAUUUUCCUGUGGUUACUCCUGGGCCAGACAUGUGGGAUGUGAGGGAUCCUAGAGAGGUUAGUUGUAAUGUGUUGGUUUGUUGCAGUUCACACGCCCCAGCUUAUAAGCUGCAUCUUUUUUUUUUUUUUUUUUAAGAUUUUAUUUAUUUGACAGAGAGAGACACAGCUAGAGAGGGAACACAAGCCGGGGGAGUGGGAGAGGGAGAAGCAGGCUCCCCGCGGAGCAGGAAGCCCAAUGCGGGGCUCGAUCCCAGGACCCCUGGGAUCAUGACCUGAGCCGAAGGCAGACGCUUAAUGACUGAGCCACCCAGGUGCCCUAAGCUGCAUCAUUUUUAAAAGUGUCCCCACCUUAACCUCUCUGCGCACAUUCUUGGGUAAUUAUAUUACUUUCCCCCCAUUCUUGAAACUCUUCACCUCUCAGUCCAUGAGAUACCUUGUUUCCAUCCCCUUCAAAAAUGAAAAAUCUACGUAAAACACCUCCCGUGAUGAAAAACCUCAGACCCACUUUCAGCUAAAUCUGUAACAUUUAUAGAAUAUUUUCUUACUCUAAUUCAGUUAUAGCUAGGAUCCCCAAAUGAGUGCGGAGAAAGUUACCUAUCAUAGAAAGGAUGUCUUUUCCUCUUGUAGGCGUCACUGUUGCUAAAUCACAUCAUCUGUGUAGUGUUGGGGAGGUGGCAGGUGACAAGCAGGACUAGGGAAUAGGAUCAGAUGAAAUGUGAUUCCACCCUUUACCGAGGUCAGAAAUCUAGGUUACAGAGUAAGAGUCUGUACUCUUAAGUUGGCAUAUAAGAUCACCUACCCAGUGCUGUGAAGAUUCCCUACUUCUGUAAUCGUCUUGAAAGAGUUUUUUUUUUUUUUAAUUCUUUGGUCUGUGCUAUUUAGUGCAGUUGUCAGUAGCCACAUAUUGCUCAUGACCUCUUGAAAUUGGGCUUGUCCAAAUCGAGAUUGUGCUGGUCACGUAAAAUACACACCGGAUUUUGAAGGCUUGGUACCAAAAGAAGGGAAUGUGAAAUAUUUCAUCCAUAUUUUAUAUUGACUACAUGCUGAAAUGACAAUAUUUUAGAUAAAUAAGGCAUUAUUAGAAUUUCACUUACUCCUUUUUAUCUUUUUUUUAAUAUGGCUUCCCGAAAACGUAACCCACAUGGCUUGCAUUACACCUGUAUGGGACAGCGCUGCUCCAGACGCUAGAUGGUGCGGGGUAGGCCGUGAGGUGCCACGUGUGGCAGGUCCUUCUCCCAGGCAUCCAGAUAGAAGCAACACACAUAUUUUCGCUGGAGUCGGGAGCGCUGUGAGGCACAGAAUGCCUCCCAGAAGACAGAAGAUUUUUCUAUGUAAAACCAAUUUGUAUAAGACUCCAAUUAAAAAACAAAAGCAAAUGAGCCCCCAAACCCUGUCCCUUCAGCUUUGCUUAGAAGCUGCUAACUUUGCACUUAUUUUUCUGGCAUUUUCCACGUGCCAAGGAUGCUGGCAACAUGAGGGUGCUGGGCAUAUUUGCUUUACUUUAGGCAACAUUCUCUUGUGGUCUCCCCUCCCCAGGUAUUCUUUGGUCUGUUCUGAGCCGGGUGUGUGGACAUACGGUAUAGAUCUUGCUGCUCCUAUCGGCCUUGGCAGAGGCUGAGCUUGUCGCCUGCGCGCACCUGCCCAGCAGGUUUUGAUGUUGGCUCCUGAAAGAGUUUGUAUUUAUUUUAUUUUGCACUAGUCAUAGUUGUUGUUAAAAUAUCUCAACUGUUUUGGGAGAGCAUUGCCUGUGAUGGAAAGAGAGAUGGAUGAUUUAUUGCUUCAGUUGUUUUAAAAUUAAAAGCUAUUCUCACAA